UUGCGGCUCAUCGUGGCAACCACUCCAUUCACUACUCUCUCCAUCCCGGUUUGCUCUUCCAACGCACUUGGUCAUCCUCGUCAACUCGUCGACCACCUCCCCUCCCCCCUCGCACCCGUCUCGUCCCCUCGCGCGUUCCGACCAGGAAUCCUCGCCUACCGCGCAAUGCGCCCCCUCACGUCCUCGACGCUGUGGAAGCGCGCGCCGAGCGCCGGCUCCCUCCUUAUCGGUGUACUUGUCGGCCUGCUCGUCGCGUCUCUUUUGAGAAGAGGAGAGGUGAGUCCCCCGACUGGCGCGCCGGCGAGGUACUGACCCCCGCGAAUUUGGUCUCUCGGCGCGCUCCAUCUACGCUGUUUGUCUUUCGCUCGCGUUUCUCUUAAAGCCUGCACCACCACCAUGGCAGGGUAGCGGCGGUGGGCUAUACCCCAACGCCAUGACUGGCAACCGCGUCGGCAAGAUCACAUCGCUGCCGAACAUGGACCAGCGUCUCCGCAUUCUCAAGUUGUUGGGCACCAUUUCAGCGAAGCACACCCGCGAGUGCACGCGCAACCCUCAGAAACUCUACGUCGACCAGGCCAAGGAGCGAUACGAGCCGCUGAUCGGUCACAAGACUGGCUGGCGCUCCUCGGGUGGCCUUUCCGGGCUCUUCGGCGGCGGAGCGUCCAGUAGAGACCGCGAGCAGUUGCACCUCGCGGACACGCGCUUCAGCCGGCGCGACGUCCUGACGCGCAAUCUCAUGUCUCUCCAAGGCCCCGACAACCACAAGUACUUCUUCGCUAUCAACCUGUACGAAUCGUUCGACGUUAUCCCAGACCUGUUCAGCACGCUGUUCAAGACGGCCAGUAUCUUGGGCUACCACAACGUCAUGGUGUCAAUCUACGAGAACGGAUCCAAGGACCAGACCAAGGCGCUCCUCCGGCUGUUUGACGCCCUGUGCCGUUCCGUCGGGAUGCGCGUUAUCAUCCGCUCGUCGGCACGUACUCGUGGUCAGUUCAACCACCGUAUCGAGUAUCUCGCCGAAGUGCGUAACUCAGCCAUGGUGCCGCUGCACGAGCUGCGCGACCAGGGCGACUACUACGACUCGAUUGUAUUCAUGAACGACAUUCUACCCUGCGUCGACGACCUGCUCGAGCUCAUCUGGCAGAGCCGCCGCCAGAACGCUGGCAUUACCUGCGCCGCAGACUACAUGUACCACGACGACAUCGGCUCGCCGGUCUUCUACGACAACUGGGUCGCGCGCGACCUGAACGGCACGGCGCUUGAGAAUGCCCCCUUUGAACAGGUGUUCCACCACGCCGAGAGCAGCCAACGCUUCCAGCGCCAUCUGCCCCUGCAAGUCCAGAGCUGCUGGAACGGUGUCGCUGUGCUGGACCCCGCCCCGUUCUACGAGACGUUCCCCGUCAAGUUCCGCAUGGCCAAGCUCACGGAGAACGAGUGCUCGGCGUCCGAGUGCUCGCUCAUCUGCAACGACUACUGGGCUAUGGGGUACGGACGCAUCAUCAUGGUGCCCCGCGUCAAGCUUGCGUACGACAAGAAGGUGUACGACAUCAUCCACCCCGAGCGCCGAAACCUCACAGCUAUCCGCGGGUACAAGCGUCUCGGGGGCAUGCCGGACGACCCGCGCUCCGACCCCCAGGACCGCAGCUGGUACGGCCCGCACGACCGGCUGUUCACGCCGGAGGAGGACCUCGAAUUGGACUUCAAGCCGGGCCCGAAGUCAGGUGAGUAGAGUGCGGCGCAAGUGCAUGUUCAGCGAGCCGACAGGGGCUCAAGGGCGGCGUUGAGUGGCGCUCCCGCUAUGACUUCGAAUCAUGCUGACAUCAGUCUGGUGCUGGGGAUGGGACGGAGCAGGUGACCUCGACGGCCCCGACGUCGACCCUAUUUGGGAAGACCAGGCGCCGCAGUCGUCGCAGCCCGAUGCGGUCAAGAUAAAGCACCACCGCAACCUCCGCGGCUACUAGCCCGGCCAGAUUAGACAGCGCCUGGCGCGUACACGGCUUUCAUAGAUGCAUCGAGAUUAGUAUGACG